AUGACUUCGUUUAAGAGCGAAACGAGUGAGAUCUCGACGUCGGUGCAGUAUGUUUCUGAUAAACUUGAUGCUUCGACUUUAUUGAUGGAAGAGGUAAGAAUACUCGCGCUUGUGAAAAACGUAGAGAUUAGUGGUCUACCGGUAACCAAGAAUGAAAAUGAGAGUGAGUUGGUGGCAGACUUGGGAGCAGCUCUGGGAGUGGAGAUGAAGGAGACAGACGUCGGCGCAGCACACCGGAUACCCUCCUUCAGGACUGACCGGGAGCCGGCACUCAUCGUCCAGUUCUCAACCAAGGGGGUGAAGGAGCAGUGGAUCACCAAGGCCCGCCAGAAGAAGAGUCUCACGGCCCGAGAUGUCAACCAGCACUUCCCCAUGCAGCGAGUCUACAUCAACGACCACCUCUCGCCAGGGAAUAAGCAGUUCCUAGCGAAUCUAAAGCAGAAGGGACGUGAUCUCGGCUACAAGUUUGUCUGGUCUCAAGAUGGCAAGUUCAUCGAGAGGAAAGCUGAAGGUGACCCUGUUAAGAAGAUAGUUUACGUAUGGAAGCUUGGACAAACUUAA